GACGCUCUUUGAUCUACCAAAAUAUCCACAUGUCUGUGUAAGUACAUAUCAAAUUGCUUUUUCUUAAUUAACAAUAUCAUAAAGUUUUUUUUUUAUAAAUAAUAAAAUCAUGCUUUUUCCUCGAUAAUGAAUGAAUCGUCCAAAAAAGUUGAAGCUGGUGAAAGGCAGUUUGACCCCUCCCCAUCUCCCAACUUGGUACUUCGCUUUGCACACAUCACAUGCUUCCUCUCACUCUCUCUCCUCUUUUCUUCUCCCACUCUUGUUCUUCUCUCUAAAUGCUCUGUAUUGUGUCAAGCCAAAAAAGGAAGCUUUACUCCAUUAACGACGAGAUCCUUCCCUAAUUCUCUGAUCAAUAGAUUUUGGUGUUUUAGUGUCUGUAUGGAGUGUAAUGCAAAGCCAUCAUUGCAGUGGGAGUGGGAUAAUCUAAUAUCGUUUGGUACUUCAUCAGCUGAAAUUCCUAAAAAGCAACGACCAAUGGAUUGGGAAAAUGAUGGGUUUGAUUGCACCACUUUUUACUCUUCCAGCUUUUCUACAGUAGCAGCAUAUGGUGGUAGUUCAGGUUCUGAUCUAGCUCAUGCUUUCUCUAAAAGCUCAAAGUCAACUUCCAUUAGCUCUUCGUCAGCUGAAGUUAGAACAUACAAUUUCACAUCAGAAGCUGGUGAAAGUGUUCCUGCUGGGAGCAGUGAAGAGUUUGCAAUGGGAAUUGAUACUUCUCCAAGUCUUGAACUUUCCUUCGGCUCUGGUGAUCCGGUUCUUGGUUUGAAGCUCGGUAAGAGGACAUACUUUGAAGACUUUUGGGAAGUGGAGAAUGCUAAAGGUUCAACAGCACUUCCGGUGAGCCUGGCGUCAUCUUCUGCUUCUCCGGUGAAGAAAUCCAAACCCAUUUCUCAGAAAUUACAAACUCCUCACUGCCAAGUUGAAGGCUGUAACCUCGAUCUCUCCUCAGCUAAAGACUAUCAUCGGAAACACAGGAUUUGUGAAAACCAUUCAAAGUUCCCUAAAGUCAUUGUGAAUGGCUUAGAACGCCGGUUCUGCCAACAAUGUAGCAGGUUUCACUGUCUCUCUGAGUUUGAUGAGAAGAAACGUAGCUGUCGCCGACGUCUCUCAGAUCACAAUGCAAGACGUCGCAAGCCAAAUCCCGGGAGGACAUAUGAUGGGAAGCAACAUAUGGAUUUUGUAUGGAACAGAUUUGCACUUAUCCAUCCACGAAGUGAAGAAAAGUUUCUAUGGCCAAAUCCGAAGCCUGUACCAGCAAGAGGGUUAUUGCAGGAACCUGCAAUGACCGAGAUGCCCAGUAAGCUGUUCACCGAGCAAUGUGGAUUUGGAUUGUUGGACCCCAAAACGAAAACCACGAGAGCUGAGCUAUUCAGUAAAGAUUUGUUAGAAAAGGUCACAAUCUCUUCACACAUAAGUACUUCUCAAGAUCUUGAUGGUGCUCUCUCUCUUCUGUCAAAUUCAACACCAUGGGUUUCCUCAGACCAGCCAAGACGGUUUUCCCUUAACCACCAUUCCACAAGCAACCUCCAACCUGUGGUUCACGGGUCUGUGACUCAACCCAUUUCAGUGUCCAGCUAUUGGCAGCCGGAUCCACCAGCAGUUGAGGGCUCAACCGCUUUGCCUAGGAACGGGGAAGGCCAGUUUAAUGACCACUACAACUUGAAUCAGUUUUACAACUGAAAGUGUAUUGCCUUUAUAUCAUAAUAAGAUAUUUUGUUUAAGGAUCAGGCGAGCCUAGUGGUAACUUUAAGAUAGGAGCUGUGAAACUUGCUAAAGACAUCAAUUCCUCUCUUCUUUCUUUUUUAUCCAUUGAUUUUCUUGGGUUAGGGAGAGUUGUGACAGUUAAGUCUUAUAAAUCAUCUUGUCAAAUUAUUUUUACAUUAGAAUUUUCAAAUAUGGAUGGUGCAG